UGUGUGCACUGAUGAUGGCUUGUGUGUGUUUUAUGAUUGGUCCUACUUGAGGAAAAUCAAUUUGAAUGGAGAAUGGUUUGGAUAGGGGAGAGAUUUUUAAAUAGUCAAGCUUAUAAGAAGACUUUGCACUAGUCUACACAUGCAGUGAUGAGAAUCUGCAGCAGGGAGGUGAACAUAUCUGAGGAGAGAAAGGUGAAAUCCACUGGUUUGGGCCACAGAAUAUGGGGUGGGGGAGAUGGUGGAGGCUUCAGAGUGAUGCUGAGGUUGUGAGCCUGAGGGAUUAGGAGUAUGGUGUUGCCUUCAACGUUAACAGGAAAAUUAACAAGGAACAGUUUAGGGAGAAAGAUAUCAAGUUCAAUUUGGGACGCAAGUUUUAGGUGCCCGCUGGACAUCCAAUUGGAAGAUAUUUCAAAGACAAUUGGAGACUUGAGAUUGGAAGUCAGCCGGAGAGUUAGGGCAGGAGAAGUACAUUUGAAAAACAUCAUCAUAAAGACAGUAAUUCCAUCUAUGGGAUCUGAUGAGGUCACCAAGUGAGGUAGUAUAAAGGGAGAAGAGAGUUUCUAGGAUAGAGCCAUGUAUGAGAAGGAGAGUCUGGAAGUGGCAGUGGGGAGCAAGAUGUGUUCCAGGCUCGCUAUGACCCCCUGUCUGGGAAGGGAUGGGGGAGUGAAGCAGGCCAGAAAGGGGAGCCAAGAAAGCUUUGUCACCAGAAGGAGCCAGAUAUCAAGGCGUUGAGCUCGGGGUCUCUCUCUUGGAGAAGUUGGGUUCGACUAACUGUGUGGCUUGUGGCAGCUUUUUGGCGUCUUGGCAUGGGUCAGGGGUUUCCAUCAUGUUUGGCAAGAAAAAGAAAAGGCUUGAAAUCUCCGGACCGUCUAACUUUGAGCACAGGGUUCACACCGGGUUUGAUCCCCGAGAGCAGAAAUUCACAGGCCUUCCGCAGCAGUGGCACAGCUUGCUGGCAGACACGGCCAAUCGCCCCAAGCCCAUGGUGGACCCUUCGUGCAUCACGCCCAUCCAGCUCGCGCCCAUGAAGACAAUUGUUAGAGGAAACAAACCCUGCAAGGAAACUUCCAUCAAUGGUUUGCUAGAAGAAUUUGACAAUAUCUCUGUGACUCGUUCCAAUUCUCUAAGGAAAGAAAGCCCUCCCACUCCUCACCAGGGUACUUCCAACCAUGUCCAGGGACAUUCAGAAGAAAAUGGUUUUGUCACAUUCUCUCAGUACUCCAGUGAAUCUGAUACUACCACCGACUACAUAACAGAAAAGUAUAGAGAAAAGGGUCUAUAUGGAGAUGAGUUGGAUCGAUAUUAUAAAGGAAGCCACGCAACCAAGCAAAAUGGACAUGCAGUGAAAAUGAAAUCGGGUGAUGCCUACUAUUCUGACAUUCAGUCUUUGAGAUCAGAUAUGUCUAGAUUUUCUGCAGAUUAUCACACCCACACGGAUAUGCUAAGCAAACCAAGUGAAUAUGGCGGCUUCAAGUGGGACUAUCAAAGAAUUUCAACUGCAUCCCCUCUAGAUUACCGAGAUCCCUUUCAAUUAACUCCCUCUAGGACUGCAGGGACAAGUGAGUGCUCCAAAGAAAGCCUGGUGUACAGUGAAAGUGAAUGGCGGCCCAGCAUGGAAGACUAUGAUAAAAGACCAAAGUCUUCAUAUAUAAAUCAGACGAGCCCUCAGCCAGCCAUGAGGCAGAGGUCAAGAUCAGGUUCUGGACUUCAGGAACCGGCCAUGCCAUAUGGAGCAAGUACAUUUAAGUCACACCCACAAGGACACUCAUACAGCUCUUACACCUACCCUCGCCUCUCAGAAACCACCACGUGCAUUCCAAAGGUGGAUUACGAUCGAGCACAGAUGGCUGUUAGUCCAACUCUGUCUGGAUCUGACACUUACCCUCGGGGCCCAGUCAAACUACCUCAAAGUCAGAACAAAGUUAACUAUUCCUCAAGUGGCUACCAGUACCCUUCUGGGUAUCACAAAGCUGCUCACUACCACCAGCCCGGUCUCCAGACCAGCUCUCCAUACAUCUCCACAGCUUCCUAUCCAAGCUCCCCAAGCGUCUCUUCAAGUGCUUACCCCCCACCUAGCUGGGGGUCAUCCUCAGACCAGCAGCCUUCCAGGGUGUCCCAUGAACAGUUCAGGGCUGCUCUGCAGCUUGUGGUUAGCCCUGGUGACCCUCGCGAAUACUUGGAUAAUUUUAUUAAAAUAGGAGAAGGGUCGACUGGAAUAGUUUGCAUUGCCACUGAGAAACACACAGGGAAACAAGUCGCCGUGAAGAAAAUGGACCUCCGGAAACAACAGCGGCGGGAGCUGCUUUUUAAUGAGGUCGUGAUAAUGAGGGAUUACCAUCAUGACAAUGUGGUCGACAUGUACAAUAGUUAUCUUGUUGGUGAUGAGCUUUGGGUUGUAAUGGAGUUCCUAGAAGGUGGAGCUUUGACUGAUAUAGUGACUCACACGAGAAUGAAUGAAGAACAAAUAGCUACAGUCUGUUUAUCAGUCCUGAAGGCCCUUUCUUACCUUCACAAUCAAGGAGUUAUUCACCGAGACAUAAAGAGUGACUCCAUUCUUCUGACGAGUGAUGGCCGGAUAAAGUUAUCUGAUUUUGGUUUCUGUGCCCAAGUUUCCAAAGAGGUCCCAAAAAGAAAAUCACUGGUUGGUACUCCCUACUGGAUGGCACCAGAAGUCAUAUCUAGACUACCUUAUGGAACAGAGGUGGAUAUCUGGUCCCUUGGCAUUAUGGUCAUAGAAAUGAUAGAUGGAGAGCCUCCUUACUUCAAUGAACCUCCACUCCAAGCAAUGCGUAGGAUCCGUGAUAACUUACCUCCAAGAGUGAAGGACUUACACAAGGUUUCCUCAGUGCUCCGGGGGUUCCUAGACUUGAUGUUGGUGAGGGAACCCUCCCAGAGGGGAACAGCACAAGAACUCCUCAGACAUCCGUUCUUGAAACUUGCAGGCCCACCUUCUUGCAUCGUGCCCCUCAUGAGACAAUAUAGGCAUCGCUGAUUGGCGGAGGCCACUGGGUAGAGAUCUUAAGGAGGAUUUCUCACAAGUGAUUUGGGAGAUAGCAAACAACCUGUCCUUUCCAAAUCAGUGCUGAAGAGAUGAUUCUGGGCAUCCAACCCAAGGAGAUAUAUUCCCUAGUGUUCAGAAGCUCAAUAGCAGCCUUCCUUUAUCACCUCUACUAAAACAGGCAUCCAUCUACUGACAUCUGGUGUGGUCCUUUGGAGCACAGUGUUUGUAUUCAUCAUUAUUUUUUGAGCCCUUCAGCCAGCAAAUCUGAAAGACUCUUUACAGGCAUUUUUUUGAAAAGGUAAUAAGGCAUAGCACAUGUAAAAUAACCCACAGUAGUUUGAUCCAAGAGGAAAAAAAAAACUACUCUCCAUUUCUAUUUUGGAACAAUACUUUUCUGGCAAGAGAAAAAAAAAGCACCUUUUUUCUGAAUUGUAGCAGUGUAAUGUAUUUUGCAAUGAAUUUGUAAUUUUCUGUACUAUACUUUUGAUAAUUUAUAGUACUUUGAUGUCAAGUAGCCAUUGUAUUAGUUGAAGUAAUAUGUGUAACUUAGCAGGAGUUUGAAAGAAGUCUUUACUACGUUUUUUAUCCCUCUCUUUAGAAUCCUGGAAGAAUACCGAUCAUCGUCAGCUUUAGUAGACUAUCCUUAAUUUAAUAAGUGUUUUAUGUGGUAGAGAAAGGUGGGUGGGGGUGGAGAUAAUAGCACACUUUUUAUGUUUUCCCACUGGAAAAUUUAAAAAAAAAUGAGACUUCUUAUCCCAGUAAAAACUACUUCUUGGGAGCCAGCUCUGCAUUUGGGGACAUCUUCCAGGGGUUCAUUCUUCCAGGCUACUAGGAGGGAAUCACUUAGUUCACUGGCGCAGGAAUUUACUUAGUGGUCCCACAGUACUCUGAAAAACUGAGCAUGGCUUUUCCAAGUGACCAGCUUAGCUCUUCAGGAGGGUUUUCUGUACUGGGGAAAAUCAGACUCAUUUCCAAAAUCUACGAAUAACCUUAAUGAGAUUAUUUCAAAUUCAGAAAAGAAAAAGAGAAAUAAUUAAGGUAGAAGUUCUAUGAUUCUAUUUUUUGUUCCUCAUUUGAAAACUUUUGCUUUCACACUAACUUUAUUUGUUACAGGAGAGAUCUAAGGAUUGAUCAGUGUCUGCUAGCAAUAUGGCGAAUCCCUCAUUUCAGUCUGUUUCAAUCUUGUACCACAGUAUUAAGCUCUAUUGUUUACAUAGAUGGAAGUCUUAAUUGAGUCUUUACAUGAUGGAAGUCUGAAUUGACUAAGCGUCAAUUUACCACGGGGGUAUUUUCCCAGUUAUAAUCUGACUUUUCCUGUUAUCAUGUUAUAAUGUGUUUCUGACAUAGAAGAGUUGUGCUGCUGUCUAGACCUUCUUGAAUGUUGAUAAUUGAAUGACUACUACAAUAAAUUUUGUGUUGCUUGUUGGAUUACCUUGCAUGUUAACUGUAGGCCUAUGUAGGUAUGCCUUUAAAAUUUUGGAAGUGCUACAUCAUCGUUAUCAGUUCCUCUUAAUUGUACAUCAGACAGAAGCCAUUCCUAACCAAACAGAACAACCAGAAGCUUUCUUAAUUCCUUCAAGUACUGUUGCAAAUAUAAAUUUAGAUUUGGAAAAUAAUCUCUGGUUGCUCUAGGUAUCAUUAAGGAUUUUUUAUAAUUAAUAGGUUUCUAAUUGUUUGUUAUAUUUAAAGAGAAAAAGAAUUAAGUAUAAGAUGACCUGCUGCUUUUUGAAUUUCCCUGAAGUAUUUUUGUUUGUUUAUUUUUGUUCAUUUUUACAAGCAGAGGAAGCUUCUCUGUGGUAAAUAGGAUUAAAAAAUUCAUUUCAUAAAAAUCAGCAAAAAAAUGUGUUUAUGCAAACAUGCACAUAUUUAUGUAACAAGUAUGUGAGAUUUUAAAACCCAAAGCAUAAAUACUAGAAAACUACAGGCCUGGAGUUUCAAGUGAAAAAUUGUCUUAAUUAAACCAGGAAUAUAAUAGAUGUUUAAAAUAAUCUUUUUAAUAACCAGAAUAACUGCUAAUAAUCUUUGCAUAAGAUAGUAAAUUUUGGAUUCAAAACAUUUUCAACAGUGUAAUGAAAAUUUUUCUGUAAUUUUCUUAUCACUAGAUAUUUUUUUAAAGUAUUCAUUGAGUUUACUGAAAGUUAUUGUAGUUUAAGAGGUUUUGUGAGCACCAACUAUUGGCAGAAAACUGCAUUUGCAAAUAAAAAUAAAUGUUUGCAUUUUCCCCA